CCCUACCGCCCCUCCCCUCAUGCUGCUCUGCAAGUUAGUUCCUGUUGUGGCGAUUCAAAACACGGUCGCACUGCCGUUGGUUCAAACCAUGACCGCGUCGUCUUAUCAAUACUGCAGUUAGUGAAAACAUGACGUUUGAAGCAAGUGAUUGACAAUGACCACAGUUGGUGGCGAUAGCUGGCGAGAACGCACGAGGCGCGGGCGAGCCUGCUCCAAGCUAGCAGCGGGGCUAACAGCUGGGUUAGCUGACGACAGCACCGUGUUACGAUGCUUGAGUGUGGACAACGCAGGAGACGAUCAUGACAUGGGGGACGACGUCGGCUUUUUCAAGCAGGGCAACUUGGAGCGGAAGAUCAUGGCCCCACGCUACAACCUGAUCCGCGAGGUGGGAAGGGGCACAUACGGCGUGGUGUACGAAGCGGUAGCCCGAAGGUCUGGUGCCAGGGUGGCUGUGAAGAAGCUCCGGUGCGACGCGCCGGAAAACGUCGAGCUCGCCCUCCAGGAGUUUUGGGCUCUGACAAGUUUGGAGAAACGCCACCAAAAUGUGGUUCAGUUGGAAGAGUGUGUCCUUCAAAGGAACGGGAUGGCCCAGAAAAUGAGUCAUGGGAACAAACGCUCAAAGCAGUAUCUUCGCCUGGUGGAAACGUCUCUCAAAGGCGAGAGAGUGCUCACGCCUUCAGAGGAGCCGUGUUACCUGUGGUUCGUCAUGGAGUUCUGUGAAGGAGGUGACCUCAACCAGUUCAUCUUGUCUCGGCGGCCCGACUUGCAAACCAACAACAGCUUUAUGCUCCAGCUGACCAGUGCUGUGGCUUUCUUACACCAAAACAAGAUUGUACAUCGAGACCUCAAACCAGACAACAUCCUCAUCUCAGAGAGAUCAGGGACUCCUGUCCUCAAGGUGGCAGACUUCGGCUUGAGCAAAGUUUGUGCAGGUUUAGGAAAUGCUAUUGAGGGCAAAAUAGGCGAGGACAAGAACAAAAAUGUCAACGUGAACAAGUUUUGGUUGUCGUCAGCAUGUGGCUCAGACUUCUACAUGGCUCCUGAAGUCUGGGAAGGUCACUAUACAGCCAAGGCGGACAUAUUUGCCCUCGGCAUCAUCAUUUGGGCCAUGUUGGAGAGGAUUACUUUCAUCGAUGCCGAGUCCAAGCGAGAGCUCCUCGGAACGUAUGUGAGACAAGGAGCGGACAUUGUGCCAGUGGGUGAGGCGCUGCUAGAGAAUCCAAAGAUGGUCCUGAACAUCCCGCAGAAGCGCCGAUCGUGCAUGUCGGAUGGAGUGAGGAAGCUGCUGCUGGACAUGCUUGCCGUCAACCCUCAGGACCGACCAGAUGCUCUGGAGCUACAGGCCAGAAUGGACCAGGUUACAUGCAUUGCAUGAUGUCAUCGGGAUCGUUUCUCAGACAUGCAUCUUUACCUGGAGCUGCUACUUCACUUCCCUGCUGUGUAAUACAAUGAAGAUACAGGAGAGUCUCACACACACACACACACACACACACACACACACACCACUCACUGUCAUGCUACUUUGUCCCCACCCUCUCAAGUGUGCUCUUUUGUUUGCGACCAUCAUUUAGGAUUGUAUUUUGUGUGUAAUGUGUGAUGUCUCUACGUGUUUCUCCAGAGAUCUGACACCUUUUAUCCAUGAGAAGCCACCCUUUUUCUGCUCCCCAACAAAAGCCCCGCUUUAGUUUCUGUCACUUCCAAUGAAAGUAUUCUAUUGGUUAACCCUGUCAAUCAAAGAAAUAUUGUUGACGCCAUUGUCAUUUUCUCUUAUUGUCUUUGACCUUAAGUAGCAUAUUUAAAUAUUUAUAUCACCACGUAAUAUACCAGCAAAAAUACUGCUGACAAUGGCAUAAAUGAUAAGGACACCCACUAAAGAGGAGAAAGAAUUAGUUUUAUUGACACAUUGAAGCACAUUGUUUAACUGUACCUCCUUCCACUUACAUUCUUUACCUAUGGUGCCUUUAGGAAUUGGCUGACUGUUAGCUAAUGGCUUGUUUUUCUACAAUCAUUUAUGGUACAUACAAGGGUCUUUAGCAUCGACACACAAGUACUAGUAUUUACUUUAGCAUUGGCACAUGAGUACUCCUUGUAGUAUUUCAUUCUUGUUGACGGGGCAGUUGUGUUAAGAUGACAAAAGUAGAAUGUGUCAAGCACCAAUGAUUGUGUGAAUGCACUACCUCGUCUGCACACCUUUUGCUGAGCCUUGCUUGAACACAUUCCUCCUCCUCACAACACCUUCAACACUUGAUUUGAUGUGUGUUGGCAGUCAACCCAGCAAAUGAUUUGUUCCUUAAAAGUUUACACCAUGUACUGUGAUUCUUUUUUUUUUUUUUUUCCUUUUUCUUUUUUUUUUACUGCUGUACCUCAUUUCUGGACCUUUUCUAAUGUAUGCAGCAUGCAGGGUAGAUGUGGCCAAUCUCUGUUGGAGAUGACGGCACUUGAGUUGAGUUUUUUCUAUUUUGCUUGAAGAAUCCAUUAUGUGCUGUUGUUGAUGAGCGAACACACACACACACAUAUGCAUACACACACUAAGAAUGUUGUUAGGCAUCUAUGCAAUGGCUUUCAACCUUAAACUGUACCAAUAAAACCACCGAAGGUGGUGCUGAUGGAUGUAUCUGGUCUUUAUUUCAAACGGUAUCUUCACUUGUGGAACUCAUUGCUUCAAAUUUUUUAUUGCUUCCUUUGUUCAUCAAUAAAGCUUGGAAAUACAA